UGCAACCUGUUGAUUCCUCGACAUCACCGCCAUCUCAGUUUUUAUUCUUAUCGCAAGUGGAAACUGUUGAGACAGAAUCGCCGAGCGUUGGUUCAUCCUAUCGGGGACCCCACUUGGCGAACUAAUCCACAAUCUUUUUAGGGGUCCUCCUUCGCUCUCCCUCCACGUCGUCGAAUCCGCAAGUUACCCAGUCUUUCUUCGCAUUUCUAUCUCUCGUGACCUUGACUGGCCCGAGUGUACCCCGUGGGCCACUCCAGGGAACCAUACAUAUAUAGCCGAAGUGUGACCAGCUUCCCGCCUCUGGGUGUGAAGCUUGGACUGCUCUCUGUCUCAGGGCCCGAUCUGUUGGCUCGAACUGUCGCGUGUCCGUGGAUAUGCCUUCCUUCACCGACCACAACGGGGGCUCUGGUCCUGACAUUGAAGGAUUUCAACCGAUUCACGGUACCGGUCUUAGCAUCGCCUCACAGCAGAAGGCCCGUCACGCAAACGGUAAUGCGAACACCGCAAUUGCGCCCGACUCUAGAAAACAACAUCCUGCCAUAAGCAAAAAGGCAACCGCACGCCCGCCACUCAAUCCCACAGCGCCAUUAAGCAGUCAAUCUAGUGCCAUAACCGAGUCAGGAACGCGGGAUGAACAAGAAAUGCAGAACGGCGAAGAAGAUCCGCAGAAUGCCCUUUUCCACCAAGUCUUGGAAUGGCUUCAGCGUGAAAAAUCAAAGCGGAAAACUCCCAAAGUAAAAGCGCAUACACAGCCAGAUGGAUCAGGUAGUGAUGGGGAUGAUGAAGAUGAUGAAGACGCUAUCAAUGGGGAUGGCGCCAAUUCGGAGAGGACAUCUUCCCAUGGGGCCGACAAUGUAUUUGCCUUAGACAAGCUGGAGAAGAUCCUCAUCCAGUACGCCGCUUCACGCAGUGACGGCGCUGCGCCUGUUUACCCCGUUCGGCGGUCAACCCGCCGGCGUCAUGUAAAGGGCCUACGGAGGGGCUCAGCCUCCGAAUCUGAUUACCUAGAUGUUGACUCAGCUGCUCCCAGUGUUGAUGCGACAUUAGACAACUCUAAGACACUCGCGUACAGCGGGGGUGGUGCGGAGGAUGAUGAGAAUGAAGAAGGUGCAAAUGCCAGGCGGGCCCUGGAUCGGGAGGCUUGGUUUGUAUUCAAGAGCGAGAUCAUGCGUAUCACUCACACACUACAACUCAAAGGGUGGCGAAAGCUACCGAUGGAACUCGCCGGAGAUGUAGGUGUAGUUCGACUGAGCGGUGCGCUAACCAAUGCCGUGUAUGUGGUCACGCCGCCUCAGAAUAUUCCUCCCCCCAGGGCCGAGGAUGGCUCCUACAGCCUUGUACCCAGGAAACCCCCACCGAAGCUGCUCCUGCGCAUUUACGGGCCACAGGUGGAUCACCUCAUCGACCGAGAAACUGAAUUACAGAUCCUACGUCGUCUGGGGCGCAAGCACAUCGGGCCCCGAGUGCUGGGAACUUUCAAUAACGGCCGCUUUGAGGAGUUCUUCGAGGCCCGUCCUUUGACUCCGAAAGAGCUGCGCGAUCCCGGGACAAUGAAGCAAAUCGCAAAGCGCAUGAGGGAGCUGCAUGAGGGUAUUGAAUUACUCGAUAACGAGAGGGAGGGGGGCCCGAUGGUAUUUAAGAACUGGGACAAAUGGGUGGACCGCUGCGAACAAGUCACCAACUGGUUGGAUAAGGAAAUCCAGUCCAAGCACAAUGAUAUUAAAGCGGCUGCAGAACCUUGGCGACGCCGAGGCUUUGUUUGCGGUGUUUCGUGGCCAACAUUCAGGAAAGCCGUCGACAACUACCGAAACCACCUUAUAAACGGCUAUGGUGGCAUGCAGGAGAUCAAGCGGCAACUUGUUUUUGCCCAUAAUGAUACUCAAUAUGGUAAUCUUCUUCGAAUGGAACCCAGCUCUGAGUCGCCACUCCUUCGACCAGAAAAUGAGCAUAAGCAGCUAGUUGUCAUUGAUUUCGAGUAUGCUUCCGCGAAUCUCCCUGGGUUUGAGUUCGCAAACCAUUUCACUGAAUGGUGUUACAAUUAUCACGACCCAGACAGAUCCUGGGCAUGCAACAACAAAGACUUCCCCACCCUGGAGCAGCAACAUCGCUUUAUCAGUGCUUACUUAACACAUCGACCUGGCUUAGGCGUGCGGUCAUCUCCAUCUAUAACCCCACUCAUGCAAGCAGGAGAACUUUCUAAUAUCACCUCACUCGCUCCUUUAGACCUUGAUGCGGGACCCGAUGUGGAUCAACAGAGUCUGGUAGAUGUUGAAAAAGCCCAGGAGGACCGGACGGAAGCGGAAAUCCGUUCACUGAUCAAGCAGGCUCGGCUCUGGCGCGUGUUCAACUCAGCGCAGUGGGUAGCAUGGGGAAUAGUACAAGCGAAGGUACCCGGAAUGGAAGAGGGUAUUGCAGCCGAUGCCGCAGCAAAUGGCCAUCGCAACGGCACCAAUGGCACAGAGUCCGAGGGGACACCUUCAACAACCCCUCCACCGGAUACUGACGUGGAGGAAACCGACGAAUUUGAUUACCUUGCCUAUGCGCAAGACCGGGCCAUGUUCUUCUGGGCAGAUUUGUUGUCAUUAAACCUCGUUCGAGAGGAGGAAUUGCCCGCAGAUUUGGUUCAACACAUCAAACCCCGCAUUAUCGACUACUAAUAUGGCCUGUGGCAAUCAAAGCAGGCACUUCCUAAUUACUGGUGACCAAACUGUCUUCAACAUUUCGGCAGUGCGGCGUAAUUGAGAUGACUCACGAUGUACUUACAUACACUAGCUUUAUGACAGCAUUACGGGUUAUGCCAUGAAUACCAACAAUUUGAUAUUGCCUGACCGUUAACAUCGUGUACAUCCAGUAUAUCAUGUA